UAAAAUUCAUCAGCAAUCCACAAAUUUUUGAUUUCCAACUAUCGAAAAUAUCGAUAGUUUUAGAAGACUAUCGAUACUCGUUUCGAUAGUGUCGACUAUCGAUAAUAUCGAUAAUGCUAUCGAUAGUUCUCCACCUCUAUAUAUGAGUACGUCCACGAGAGAUGCCGUCGUUUCGCGUUUCGAGUUUUUGCACGACAGCCGUGGGCCAAGCAACAGAGCACUCGCGCCCAAGUCGGAUCACAUUCUCCAAGAAAGAUUCAAAGUCUCUUACUGUUUAUCACAGAUUCGAAAUACUAAAAACUUUCUUUCUCUUUGAUGGUUUUGGCCUAACCUCUUCUAUACGAAACUACAUACAGUAGAACAUGACGAAAGGUGGCAUCACUGGGGACGUGUUGGAAGCACGGACGCAGCCGUGCUCAUUGAUAUGACGCCAUUUUACUAACCUUUUCGGCGCGGAUCGCGACGAUCCACUUAAGGUGCUCCACUUCAUAUCGUUUCAAGAGCGUUUAAUUGUGUCGUUUACAUUUUACAAGUCGUGUACGCUCUUUCAUAAUUUCAAGUGGUUCGUUCAAGCCGGAGUUUACCGAAAGGUAUGCAACCCUCGUCGCACUGGGAUCAUCCUUGUGUGCAACAAAAGCUUACAGCAACAUUCUAUUGCUGAAACUUAGUACCACGGUGUCCUGGUUCAUUGGUCUUGUUUUGACAUUAGUUUCAUCAUUGUAAACUGAUUUUCUGGGAACUUUAAGGCUGAAUCACUGUGGAGUGAUGGUCACAGCGAAGGGCCUCUUGCAUGUCGUACCAUGUGCUCAAUUUUGUAAUACCCUUAUCAGAGGUAAUACUGCUAUAGCCAAACAGUGCUACUAUGGAAGAUGAAGAUGGUGAAAGUAAAGUUAUGGAUAUGUGGAGCAUAUUGGGAAAACAGCAGCUUAAAGAUAAUUCUAUUGGAAACUCAUUGAAGCCUUCAAUUGAUAAUGUGUACACUGAUGUAAUAGAGGAAGAGAAACAAUUAUUGCGGUACAAUUCUGUUGCAACCAAAGAUUCUCAGAGCAAAAAUAAUAGUACAGGAUCAAAAAUUGUGUUCAAAGGAUUUAAGAAACGGAUUUUGGCACAAGCACAAGAAAUACAAACAAACACAGCAAAAAUUAUAGCACAGGAACAGCAGUCGCUGCAUUCUAAUGUAUCACCAAAAAGUAGCAAGGAAAAGAAAGCAGAGAUUAAGAGAGGGAAAAUAACCGAAUAUGCCCAAUAUUUGGGUCUUCAGCCUUCAACAAAGAAUAAGUGUACGAAGUGUAACUCAUCGUCUAAUUUGUGUUCUACAUUGAAGCAAAGUUCGUGCACUUGCAACUCUACGAUGACGCCAAUGCCUAGCACAUCGGAAUCAUCCACGAUGCCACCUUCUCCAAAUUUUAAAAUUACAAGAAAAGUUUAUCUUUGUGCAGCCUGUGGCACAUACUUUGAAAAUUGGAAUUUAUUUUUACACAUGAGGGAUAUUCACAAACGCCAUAUAUGUUUGUUCUGUCUUGGAAUGUUUGGUCAAGCAGAAAGAUUGUCGUAUCAUUUAACCAAAAAACAUAGUGUUCCAGAAAUGGCGUUCACGUCUGUUGAAGAUUUCUAUGGUGCUUUUAAAGGAUCGUGUUAUUUAGUUUGUUGCUCUUGCGAGAAAGUUUUUUCAGAAACGGAUAAUUUUUAUAAUCACUUUUGCUCGCCAACGUCCAAACAAGAGGUCACUGCAUCCAUAUGCACACUGUGCAGGCAAACAGGUACGCAUGCAAGUACGUGCAGUUUAGCUGUUGACACGAGCAAAGAAGUUAAUUCUGUGUUACCGGUUAGUCCACAAGCGAGCGUGAUACCAACGCACGUGCUUGACAAAGCUGUAAGUGGUGGAAAUAAAACUGUCUCAAGGAAGUUAAUAAAAAAUCAUAGGUCUAAACACAUAGAGGAUAGUGUGUCGAAUCAACAAAAGGCGAACACGCAUACGAAAAAGACAAAUAAUAAAAUUGCCGCGUCUCGACCGAACGAAAGUCAACUAUCGGAUGAAACUUUAAGUAGAGACGAGAAUUCUGAAAACGAAGUCACGCAUAAUGCGAUUAAGGAUACCGUGUCAGAGACGAUAAUGGAAGUCUCGAAGUACACUGAAAACUCCUGUGAGGCGAGAGAAGAAACUAAUGAAAAUGCGGUUUGUCCGAAAAAUUCUGAAUUACAGCCAUCGAUUGACACGAACAGCCAUAAUAUGCCAUAUGAUAGCGUAACUGAGACUAUUAUGGAGGUGUCACGGUGUACAAACAACGUAGAAGAUUCAAAUACAAUUAAGAAAGAGAUUACUGGCUCGGUCGAUACGUUGGAUGUGUCUGAUAAAACAGAAGUCGAUUGUGAUAAAAUAAGCAAACAGAAUACAGAAACACCGGGUUCAAACGAGAAAACUGAUAUUACAGUAAACGAAUCAAAUUUGAUAAAUGAUGAAGCAGAAGAUGUACAUAAAGAUGAGACAUUAGAGACUGAAAUGGAAACUAAAAGCGAUUCUCCUUCAAGAGUAUCAGAAAGCUCUGCCCACAGUCCUGUCAAUCGUUCGUUAUUUAGUCCUCAACACGAAUUACAGGUAUCCGAUUUACAGUCUAAAGAAGAUACUAGCGAGAAUGAAAAUAAAGAAAAUUUAGAUGUACCUAACGAAUCUCAAUCUUCGGUAUCGUUCAAUGCCGCUGAAACUUCCGAUAGAAGCUUAGUUAUCAAAAUAUGUACCAACAAGAACUCUCAGUUUACCGUUACGACUAAAAGCGAGAGUAUAGAAAACGAUGACGUUAACGAGAAAUCCGAGGAAAAUAACAACGCGGAUAGUUCGGUGGCGGAAGAAAAAGAAUCCAGUGUUUCUGAGAAGGAUAACAAGGAGAACAACGCCAGCUUUCAAACGCACGACGGAGACAGCGAUUCGGACAGUUUCAAAUUAGCAGUAGUAGAUAGUAAUUCGGAAGGAACAGAGGAAGUUGAAGAAGCCAAGGAAGUUAAAAAAGUAGCUGAAGAUAAGGUCGAGUCUGACAUGAAUAUUGGAAGCGAUGAAAACCAAAUAGAAAUAACUGAAGAAAAAUCAAUUGAUAUUAACGAGAAUGGGAAUGAUGAUAUCGAGGAACAAGAGAAGGAUGUUAAUCAAAACGAGGCAGAAAAUAGUGUGGAGCUUCAAACGCAGCCAAACGACGGAAUAAUGUUAGCUGGGGAGGAUGUUCCUUGUAUCGACCUUAACGUUGAUGGUAUUUUAGAUAGUAUAGAGAUAGAUGAUUUAUUGAAACGUUGCAUAGAGGCAGCCAGUCCCUUCUGUGUCUACUGUAAUCACGCACGCCAUAUAGCAGUUAACGGUAAACAAUUAGGAUUACAUAUGCUCGCGGAACACAAGUUUCAACCUCAGCAUCCUGCUAUAAUCAUUCAAGCAGAACAGUUCGUCGCCCGAGUGAAGAAGUCCCUGGACGAGUUGGAUUCCCAGUUCUUUAAUUUAGAUUCUUAUAGCAGCGAAAACGGUACAUACAAUGUCCCGAGUGUAAGAACGUACGAGUGUUUUCAUUGUAGAUUUCAUUCUGCCAUACACAAGGAACUUUACCUGCAUAAUAGGAAGAUGCAUCAAAAGACAAUCUUAAUCUGUAUAAUGUGUAAAUCGACUUUCUAUAGUUAUAGCGAAUUACUUUGUCACCUGUGCCCCGGAACGUACUCUCCGAACAUUAACGUCAAGUACAGGUGUUGUCUGUGCCCCGUGUCGAAUCUGCCAUCCGCGUUUAGGCUAAUGGUUCACUUGCGUAAACGGCAUCACGCGUGCGAUGUGUGCUUGGAGUCGACUGGGAAUCAGCAGCGGUUAUCGAACCACGUGUGGAAGCACAAGCUUCAUCAUUUGUGCUACAGGUGCGGCAUCGCGUACAGAAACAAACCGGACAUCACGAAACACUUAUUCUGGAAGCACGGAACGGAGAGCGUGCUGUGCAAGAAAUGCCUGCAGAAAAAGUGGCCGCAUAUUUAUCAUUUCUGCAUACCACCCACGGCUUUCGUUUGCGAGGAAUGCGGGUCCAGCUUCUCGCGAGCGGUCGCCCUGAAGGUGCAUAAGAGAUUACAUUCCGGAGACCAACCGUACGCUUGUAGCGAGUGUUCCGAGCGAUUCAUAUCCCGAAAGCUUUUGACCAAACACGAGAACGCUCAUAAAGAACCGCCACCGGUUAGCGCGAGUCUAGCGGACACCACGAGCCAACCACCGAUGCUCGACGAAGAAAAAUCGGACAAGGAAAAAGCAGUCGUGGCCGACAGCAACUCGGCCGCCUCUGAAUCCACCAAAGAGGCGAAGGAACCUGUGAAGAAGGUCGUCGACGUCUACGACCUACCCCCUCUGAAUCUUUCUUCCGAAAGUGAUACGGAUUCCGAGGAAGAGAAAGUCGAAAUUAAAGAACCGGAGGCAAUCGAGAAGAGCAAACCAACCGAGGAGGAUUCCAAAGAGCCUCCCAUGGAUCAACAAAACGCAGUUUCCUCUGAACCGGCAGCGGACAGCAUAGUGGAGGUGGAACAGAACGAGGAAGAAAAGGAACAAGGGGCGCAGAUCAUGGACGGUAUCUGGGACAAUUUUAAGUCCUACACAGCCAGCUUGGAGAUGAAGGACUCUGGGAACAAUUUCAUCAAGGAACCAGAGCAAGAACCAGAGCCAGAAACUGACGUCGCAUUCCUUAGGAGUAUAGUGUUAGCUGACCACGAUUACUGCGUGGUAUGGUCUGACAAGGAGAAAGAGAAGCAACCAGAGGCGAAAUUAAAUGAGAAAGAGGAAGUGACUCCGAGCGGGGACCAAGAUUAUUUAAACAAAGCGCAGAAAAAUCCGGCCGAGAACAAUGGAAUGCAAAGCGUCAGCGAGGAGGAUCCGAAUAAGAAGAAGGCGAAGAGUCCUAAGAAGAAGAAACAAAACGGAAGUACCUCGUCCAGUGAUUCGUCUAGCGACAGCGAUUCGAGCAGUUGUUCUUGUGGUACCAAUUGCAGCUGUAGUAGCUCUUCUUCGGGUAGUUCUUCCAGUUCUAGCAGUAGCUCCGAUUCGGACAGUUCCACGUCAGAGAAUUCUCCAAAGAAACGCAAGGAACGGAAGAAAGAUAAAGACGGCGCGCAGGAGUUGGAGGCUGGACGCUUGGACCAGGAGAACAAGGAAGCUUCAGCGGAGAUGGAGAACGGUGGAGGAGCCGCGGCAGAGCCAGUUUGUCUGCCACAGCUUCUGCUAAGAGAGUCCGACCUGGAGACCGAGGAGACGGAGACGGACGAGGACUUCUACGACGAGCAUCCGCAGCAACUGGCGAAUAAGUUGCUCGCGGAAAAACGGAACCAGUUGCUGCUUUUGGCGGCGGUGGCUCCGGCGUCCACGGAGUCGGCGAUGCCGUUGAACAACGGCUUAACGGACGUCGACACCGCUAUCCCAUCACCGGACCAGAUGUCCACCGCCACGGAGGACCAAUCGCAACAGAAGAGGAAAGUGAAGACGAAGAAGCGAAAGAAGGGCGAGAGAGCGAAACAGCGGAACGUGGCACCACCAGUCGAGUCUAUAAAACUAAACAUUCCUAAAGCGUUUUACCAAAAGAACCCCAGUUACCCGGCUUCGUCGCCGACGCUGAUGCAGCAGACGAUGCCUCUGGGCUCGACGAACGACGCGCACCUGGCGAACGCGUCCGUCGAGUCUCAGGCAGUCGGUAUGACCAGUCAGAACAUCGGUGGCAGCGGUUCGGAGCCAGAGAACAAGCGUUCGUCGAAGCGGAAACGGGUACCGAAACGAUUCUACGGCGACUCCAGCGACGACGAGGUGGAGAAGCAACCGGUGACGAAGUGGAGGAAGGCGGAGACGCCUACGUUCGCGAUCACACCGAGCAUUAAGACGUUGCCCGCGAGGCUGACCUUCGGGGGCAAGUCCGUGGCGUACAGGCCGCCGAUACAGGAGAGCCAGCCGGAGAACCUCGGACUCGCUACGGCUUCCGCCACCGACUCGGAGGAACCGGCCGAGAGCAGCAGCGAGUCUAGCGACUCCGAGGUAGAGGCUAGCCAACAGAUGCAAACGCAUCUGGCGGAGAGUAACACGACGGUAGCGGAACGGCCGGUUAAUCUCUAUUGUUACUGUCAGUGCCCGUACGACGAAGUGUCGGAGAUGAUCGCCUGCGACGCCGAAGACUGUCGCAUCGAGUGGUUUCAUUUCGAGUGCGUCGGCAUCAUGGUGCCACCGAAAGGUAAAUGGUAUUGUCCGGACUGUCGAAAGAAGCACGGAAUCGUGCAGAACAGCGAGGACUACUUUGACUGAUAGCAGCGGAUGGUGUCCGCCUAUUGAAUUUGCUGUGUAGGCAUACUUCAAAAUGAACGUUCGAUUCUCUCUCCCUCUUUGUUUCUCUGGCUAGUUAUCUUCUGAAUAAUUACAUUUAUUAAUAAACGAUACGGUGCAAGUGAAAUGCAGUUUUCGUUUUAUCGUUCAGUCUUGGAAUAAAGAGUCUAUUUAAAUAUUUUUAUUAAAACUGUAAUAUUAAUACUUGACUAUCGUAAUUUUCUUUACGUGAAACGAUAUUCAUUUUAACUAUUUAAGUUUCUUGUAAUUUUUCAGUUUAGUCAGAGUUAAAGCAGUAUUCGAAUGUUUUAGAUUUUUAUUGCGUCUUUAGCAGAGUAAAUCUAGAGUUAAAAUUGUUCAAGUGGUCAAGUGAUUGUUAGUUAAUUUAAAAUAUUGCAAACUGUUUGUUUUUAUUUGCAUGAAAAAUGAUAUAUUCUCUUUAAAAUCGCACCGGCAAUUAUACUUGUUACAUGUUAUACGAAAAAGAAAAAGGGAGGGAGAGAGAAUUAAUCGAUCAUCAAAUUCCCAGCGUUUCCUUUCUUUUUUUCUUGGUAAACAAAACGAAUCAAUCAUACGCUGUUCCAUGUUAAUAUUUUUCUUAAGUCGAUACGAGAACGGUAAACAUUUGUAUAUAACUUGUAAAUACGCCUUAGAGUUUAUAACAAUGAAGUAAGGUUUUUUGUGUACAUUUGUUUGUACUUCUUUUAAAGGACGAAGAGAAAAGUGCGCGGUGUAUAAAUUGAUUAGUGGUAGCCGAUAGGCAAGCAUAGCGUUCUAGAAGCGAAAUCUAGGCUGCGUCGUAGAGCGAGAUAUUGUUCAAGCCUAGCACCAGAGGGGAGGGCUGUGUUUUUAUCAAUUCGAAAUCUUGAAAUCGGGAUAUCGCGGCUGAUACAACUGUCGGCACUGCUGGCGGUGUCUGUGCCCCCAUUCGAUGAUCGUAACCCUUCGAUGAUCACUGCUUUUAAUACAUUGACUGCCAUACGAGGAGGGAUCAUUGGCGACCAUUAUUUUCGAUUAAGUGGCAAACCAUUUUAGCAGAUACUCAUAAAUUCAGUCUCUUUACCAGUACGCAAAAAUGAUUGCAAAAGAUAAGUAUAGAGAAAAAUUGUAAAUACCAUUAAUAAUAAUUAUUCAUCUUCUACAGUGGCAGUCAACGUAUUAAUUGUCUGGAAACGUGUGACAUAUAUUCCCCAAGCUUUCCUAGCAGUUUUGUUCUUCUUACCUGAUCUGUUCUUUUUUAACAUAUGAACCUUCCAAAUUUUUUAUAAUUUCACGCGUUGAAUUUCUGUUUCUCCCAGUUCCUCUACUUUUUUACCGCUUUGUUUUAAGAGUAAUCGACGAGUUAACCAGCAGGUCUUUUAUCGUUUUCUUUUUUCUAGUCUAGUUCUCUUGCUCUAGUUUGUUCGUGGCUGCUUUAUCGCCAAUUGAAGAUUAUAGAUCCUGUUGAAAUUGCGCUAAAUUCUCUCUAGCCAGUCAACGUUAUACUUGCCAAGAUUUCGAUGUGAUAUUUAGCGAACAAAAUAUCAAAUAAAACGAUAUUCCAUCGCGAA